AUGAAAGAAUAUGUGCACAGAUACGAGAAACUAGCAAACAAAUCUGUAAAAUUUUUGUUGUUCAUAAAGAAAACCUCAAUCCCAAAAAUAACAGACCUUCCUGAUAAAAUAAUGUGUAACUUAAAUGAAGAAAUAGAAACAGAGGGCAUUUUAGAGUUAUUAGUUGAAAUUAAAAUCACAGAGGAAGGAAAAAGACAAUUAAAUAAUGAACAAAUGUUAAAGCUAAUGCCACAAGGCAUGUUAAAGAAGUAUGUUGCUGUACCUGACUUAAUUCAUGGUGUUCACAUUUCUUUUUUGACAUCAGAUAGGAUUUGGGUCAAUGAUGGACGCAGUCUUAUUUUAACAGAUUUGAAAGAUAACAAUCUACAUCAUUUAUUUGAUCUAAGCGAACUUUAUGGUGUGCAUACAGUAAACAGUGCAGGAGAGUUGAUUUAUGUAGACAAAGACUGGAACAUUAACAAACUAAGUGCAGACAAUACUACAAAGUCGACAUUGAUAAAGAGAACAGAACGAUGGGAACCGUGGUGUAUCUGUCAUUCUUCUUCUACUGAAGAUUUGUUGGACAUGAUGAGAUUUGAUUAUGAUAAUGCUUCCAUAUCAUUAUCAGAUGUGAAAUGCAUUCGAUAUAAUAGUACAGUUCAAUCAAUCCAAACUAUCCAAUACCACGAGACAGGCAAACAAUUAUAUCAUGAACCUGUCUACAUCACGGAGAACCACAAUGGAGAUAUUAUCGUGUCUGAUACAGAAAAGGGUGUGGUAUUCACUGACCGUGAAGGAAAAUAUAGUUUCACUUACACAGGACCACCAGAAGGAUUGUCAUUAUUUAUGCCAUGUGGAAUCUGUGUAGAUGCAUUCUUAAAUAUCCUGAUAUGUGGUCGACUAGACCAAACAAUACAAAUGAUUAACAAGAACGGUCUCCUACUGUCAAUUCUACCAACAAAACAAGAUGGAAUGGUUCAGCCAUUGGGUCUUGGAUAUGACGAAAAAAGUCAUCUUGUUUGGAUGGGAUCAGGAAAGACCAACAGACUGUGUGUAUACAGAUAUAUAGAACGACUGAUUAUCUUGCAUAGGGCUCAAGGCAGGUUAUAA